AACUUUUAAAAAAAACUGAGUCAGAAAAAUGAGCGGCUUGGAAUGGAUCCAUGGAAGCCUCAUCGCAACCCUCAACCCACAACCAACACUACCAUAGGAAACCCGAUUCACAACACUACCAACACUAACUACAGUACACCAGGAGUAGUCUAACGUAACCUGCAGCACAUACAUUGCAACCAUGAAGCCCCUCCCUUUCCUCUGUUGUUAUUGGAUUUCCUUUUUGUUGGCUACCUCACCCGUAAAGGCAUGGGUAUUUCCAACAAGAGUUCUACCAACUGCCAUUACUACUACUACUAAGGAAAGACAUGUUGUGUUCGCCAAAACGGCACUGUCAGUAAGCCCGACGGAAUUUGGGGCAUUUGGGGAUGGUGAGACUGGGAAAAGUCUCGAAGUAGUUGUCGACAGCAACCAACCGUUGUUGCCCUUGCGGGAAUUGUAUCCUGCCAGUACAGCUCGCUAUAACGGAACUCUCUCCGUGGAUUCCAUUCAUACUCUGUAUUACGAAGUGCAUGGCAAUAAUGAUAAUAAUAAUGAUGGAACACCACAACGAGCCGCCUUGUUUCUACACGGUGGACCCGGAGCGGGUUGUACUGCCAACCACGCUCGAUUCUUUGAUCCAGAUCUCUACGACACCAUUGUACUGUUUGAUCAACGAGGCUGUGGAAAAAGCACGCCUCGUGGUAUGGUCCACAACAAUACACUGGAGCAUUUGAUUCAAGAUUGUGAAUCCUUGCGACAACACAUUCUUGGCGUCCAUGGCGUGUGGCACACCAUUUUGGGAGGAUCCUGGGGAUCCACACUUGCCAUUGCGUAUGCCCAAGAGUAUCCACAGUGCGUCAAAUCCUUGGUCCUUCGUGGCGUCUGUUUGCUACGGCCGGCGGAAGUCGAUUGGUUGUUUACACCGCAGGGUGGAGCCGCCCAACAAAAUCCAGAAGCGUGGCAGACAUUUGCCAACACUGUGAUGGACGACGACGAAGAAACUAGUAGUACUGAUACUGAUGACCAUCGCAGUGUACUCCACAAGUACUAUGAUUGCUUCUUUGGAACCAACACGACCAAGCGAUGGAUGGCAGCCAGAGGUUGGAUGACGUGGGAAUUCACCGUUUCGGCAUCCUACAAAAAGGACCUAACGUCAGAGGACAGUCCUGCCGUGCUAGUGUCCUAUUCCGAUCCGGGUGGUUGGGCUUACCAAGAUCGAUACGGUAGAGUCUUGGAACCCGAGGAGAUUCUUGAUGACUCACAACUGGAUGCGGCUGCCAAUGACAUGCCACAUAAACUCCGACAAGGGCUGCCACCACAACAAUCACCAUCUGCCCAGCAACGCAGACACAUGGCGCUGACUGACUUUGAAGCAGCUCAGAAGGAAACCAUGGGAAACUUUAGUGGUCUUCCGGCAAUGCCCAUGCUCACGUGCUACUAUUCGACCAACGAUCGCCAUGUUAUGAUGGCGGAUCUCUUGUCGACGAGGAUGGACUCCAUACGGAACCUUCCUUGCAUUGCCGUGCAAGGGGGGCGCGAUCCCAUUUGUCCUCCCGACACGGCGAUGGACGUCAAACAACAAUGGCCUGGGAUGGAACUACGAAUUCCACUAAAUGCCGGACACUCCAUGUACCAUCCCGAACUCGUACAUGAGCUUGUCCAGGCGACGGAUCGGGUGGGUCGAUUUGUCACCUGAAUACGGUGGUGGUUGGCAAAAUCAAAAAACCAACUGUCAUGAGGGCCUCACUUUGGCUGAAUGGGGGAAGAAUGCAUUCAUUCAGUCUGUGAAAAAUGACUGUACGGGCUAGCCUAGCUAGCAUAGUGCACCGCGAGAGGAGUCUCGUGUUUCAGAGGCAAAGUAGCUAUCAGCACAAACUGAAACGGAAGCGGUGUGUGGUCAGCAUGUAAUAGACCAAGACUGUUUGCAGGUGCCGGCAUUGCUUGCUCUCUAGUUGGAGACUUCGGAGCCGCCUUUCUCAAAAAAUGCUCCUUGGCUGAACUGGUUGCUUUCAAAUCAAGGCAAUUCGAAUGGUUCGAUUGAAUCGAAUCGAAUCGAAUCGAAUUGAACCAAACGCUUUCUUUUCUUGGGAUCCGGGACUUCAAACUGAACGUAAGAAAAGUUUUACGCCUCCGCUCCCGCUCCCUUGACAUUAAGAUAUCUCUGAGUUUGCUUCCAUACUAGGGAAUCUUAGCAUUGUCACAAAUAGUCCUACUGAACUUAUAUCUUCUAAAGCUCAGGAUUCAUCACCAGGGUAAUGUAGUAUCUUAACAUUUGAUUAGGAAGAGAAUGCUAUGGGGCAUUUCUACUCUGCUUCACACCUUACUCAGCACACUCUAAGGUGAAGAGAGGAAAGAGCC